AUGUCACUGAUCGUGUUUGUGUUGGUGGCUCGGCUCAGGGAUGGACUCCCUCUGUCCGCCUCCACCGACUUCCAGCACAGCAGAGAGCUGCAGGAGAGGAAGCAGCAGAUCCGCACCGUUUCAAAAUCGCUGAACUCGCUUCCUGAGAGAGGGAUCAUCAUGGGCCAUGAGCUCCAUAUCUACUUCUUCACGUCUGACGGCGUGGCCUACCUGAGUGUGUGUAUGUGCAGUGUGUCUGCUGCCGUGGCCUUCAGCUUCCUGGAAGAUCUUCGCUGGGAGUUCAUGGCCAGCUUCGACAGCUCAGCGGUGGCCCGGGCGUGUCGGCCGUACCCGUUCCUGGACUUCGACAGCGUGAUUCAGAAGCUGCAGCAGCACUAUAACCAGAGUGGAGGUCCUGCUCUCGGAGUCACUCUGAGCACAGUGGAGGAGGAGCUCAGCCUCAGUCCUCCUCAGGUCCUCACCAUGGACGAGAUACAGCUCAGUAACGGAGUCGCAAACGGCCACGCCGAGCAGACGGCCUCGUCGGGUCAGACUCAGAGGCUGGAGCCGGUGUCCGCUCCUGGAAUCCUGUCGCUCAUCCUCAACAUCAUGUGCGCUGCUCUCAAUCUGAUCCGGGGCGUCCACCUCAUCGAGUACACCUUCCAGGACGAUUAUGACGGAUUAUGGAACGUCGUGGCAUUUUUUGUGGCCUUCGUGUGCUGCGUUUGCCAGUGCCAGCUUUAUUUAUUCCACUCAUCCCGGAAGAAGAUCAAGUCUUUAACACUCCUCACCGCGAUCGUCCUCUGCAACGGCUUCCUGUUCGGCCUGAGGAACGUGUGGCAGCUGACCUUCCACGUGUUCGUGGCCUUCCUCUCCACCCUCCUCAUCCUCAACCGCAAACUACUGGACAGGAGCUCGGACUGUGGAGUGUGAGCUUACACACACACACACACACACACACACACACACACACACACACACACACACACACACACAGGUGGCAUCUGCUAGUGCUGCUUCUGAAAGCACAUGCGGUAGGACGUGACCCAUGAACGAUCCAUUUCCAACAGAAGACCAAAUUCCAGGACAAACAGUGGGACAAUUUCUGAAUUUUUGUAUAUUUGAGUGUUUUACAGCAUAAUACUAUUUCAUCAGUUUUAGGUCGCUAAUGAAUUUUUUUUUUCCUCACAAAUCGCUAUGAUUGUGUAGGACAUAUUCUGAAUGUAAUAAGGUUGAGAGAUUAUUAAAGGGACUUUAGGGACAAUCCUAAAUAAAUUGUAAGGUUUGUGUUAAAUAUUCAGUCAAUUUUCAAAAAGAAAAAAGUCAGAUGUAAUUUUUGUAUCAGGUAUUUAUCUACUUUUGCAUCAGGAGAUUUAAGUCAUUAUUAUUAUUAUUAUUAUUAUUAUUAUUAUUAUUUGCAUAGUUCUGAUUUCUGAUUUAUGUUAAAAAGCUGAGUCUAGAGGUCGACCGAUAGUGGAUUCAACCGAUAACUAACCUUCCGAUAACUGAUUAAUCAAAGGUUAGUUUUUAAAAUGGAUACUCAAUGAAAACAUAACACUCAAAGUAAAAUAUUACUGAACUUUAUUACAAAAAGAAACAGUACUGACUGUACCAUGAAAAUCUACUGUACUUUAAAAAAAAUAUAUAUAUGUAUAAAUAUUCAUAUAUAUGAACUAUUAAUAAAUAUUAAAGUAAGUAGCGAUAUACAUCCGAACUGAACCAAAAAGUAACACUCCAAAUAACAAAUAAAAAUAGAGACGUCCGAAACGAAUCAAAAAACACUUCUAGCAAUCGGUUUUUGGUGCCAAUUAAUCGGGUUUGUCGACCUCUAGCCCCGUCAUCACACAGUAUACGAAUUCCCAAUGACGUAUUACAGUACAUAGGACCGAGUUUACUAGCAUAUUUGUCAAAAAAUUAAUUAUUUGCACUAUUUAAUUGUUUACAAAUAAAUUUUUUCUUGGUGUAAUGCGUAGAACUAUGCUCAUUUUGUGGCUGGCAGUAUUAGCUGGUAUGUUUUAAUAGAUGUUAAUGGAGUACCGUAUUUUCUGGAGUUUACAGCAAGUUGUUUCCCCACUUGCCCCUAAAGCUGGUUAUAUGCUAUAAUCCUGGCAUUAGCCCUGCGGAACAAAAAGUCCAGGGGGUGGAGCUGAAUCUGAUCCAAAACCCCAUCUAAGCCUAAACCCCACGUAAGCCAGAUGAAAUACUGGACUUUUUAAAAACUACACUGCGUGUACAUUUGCACGUAGCAGACAUUUUUAUUGAACACGAUCAUGACUACAAUAAAAUGACUUUUAUAUGUUUUAGUUUCAAUUAACUGAAUUUACCGAACGGAAAAUACGGUACAACAUUAAUUCCAGUCUUAAAUAUUUUUUUCCAGUAACACUGACAUUGUGCUGAAUACUGAGAGUUUUAACUAGCCAUGUGCCAACAUAAUGAUGUUACA